AAUAUCAAUAACAAAUUUUUAUUUGGUGUGGUUUAUUUUUGACCAGUAACCUUUAACUUUCAACAUCUGGCCACAAAGCAGGGCGGGGAUGGCAGGCUGCACAGGCCCAGCAGCAGCAAGCAGAGCCGGUUCGGAUUGCGCAUGAGCACGCGCAGUAUCAACAACAGCAACAACCUCUACAACAACAGCAGCAAAUACGGGCAGCUUCUCCCCCACAUCACCUACAAGCCCAGGAUGCGCUCGCGCAGGCAGCUCAACUUGAAUUGGGACAGAAUCCUAACGCGCUUGCAAUUAGGCGCCCUUUCGAUCCAACCGCGCACGAUCUGGAGGCUAACUUCAGACUUACAAGGUUUGCGGAUCUGAAAGGCCGAGGCUGUAAAGUCCCCCAGGAGGUUCUUUUGAAACUUUUAGAAGGGUUACAGGAUGACCAGGGACAGGAGGAACAUUCCACUCAUUUCAUGCAUGUGCAAAUAGCUAAAGUUGGGAUUGGUAUGGACGCCAGCAUCACACCUCUCCGACACUCUGGGCUUAGUUUGGUUCAGACAACAGACUUCUUCUAUCCACUAGUUGAAGACCCCUACAUGCAGGGGAAAAUUGCGUGUGCUAAUGUACUCUCUGACCUCUACGCCAUGGGUGUCACCGAGUGCGACAACAUGUUGAUGUUGCUCGCCGUUUCCACCAAGAUGACAGAGAAGGAGCGCGACGUUGUCAUUCCGCUGAUAAUGCGCGGAUUUAAGGAUUGUGCGCUCGAGGCGGGCACAACUGUGACCGGCGGGCAGACGGUGAUGAACCCCUGGUGCACAAUCGGCGGAGUAGCGACCACUAUCUGCCAGCCUAAUGAGUUCAUUAUCCCGGAUUCGGCGGUCGUCGGUGAUGUCCUUGUUCUCACCAAACCUCUUGGAACUCAGGUGGCUCUAAAUGCACAUCAGUGGUUGGACCAGCCUGAAAGAUGGAACAGGAUUAAACUGGUUGUGAGUGAAGAGGAUGUGCGUAAAGCGUAUCAACGAUCUAUGGAUUCUAUGGCAAGAUUGAACAGAACUGCAAGUAGGCUCAUGCAUAAGUACAACGCCCACGCUGCCACCGAUGUGACUGGUUUUGGACUUCUUGGACACGCUCAGGCACUCGCCAGGAGUCAGAAAGCAGAGGUUGGGUUUGUAAUCCACAAUCUGCCGGUAAUCGCCAAGAUGGCGGCUGUUGGUAAAGCUUGUGGUAACAUGUUCCAACUCCAGCAGGGUAACAGUGCUGAAACUAGCGGGGGUCUACUCAUCUGUUUACCAAGGGAGCAAGCUGCAGCGUACUGCAAGGAUAUCCAGAAGGUUGAAGGAUACCAGGCCUGGAUUAUUGGUAUUGUGGAGAAGGGAAAUAAAACUGCUAGAAUUAUUGACAAACCGAGAGUGAUCGAAGUGCCAGCGAAGGAGAAGGAUGGCGAACUCUGGUAGAACACUCUUCAUUCCAACUUCUUUACAUCUUAUUUUGAUCUUUGUUCAAGAUCAAUUAAUCUUAAUUUGAUCUUCGUUCAAGAUCAAUUAAUCUUGAUUUAAUUUUUGUUCAAGAUCAAUUAAUCUUGAUUUGAUCUUCUUUCAAGAUCAAUUAAUCUUGAUUUGAUCUUUGUGCAAGAUCAAUUAAUCUUAAUUUGAUCUUCGUUUAAAUUCAACCAUCAUCUACCAUAGAUCAAUUAGCGACCUUGAUCAAAAGCCAACAGUGGACAGCUUAAAAUCAUGCAAUACAAUUUUUGCAUUGAUUUCGCUUCAACAUCGCAAUAUGUUCAGGCCUUAAUUGGUAAUUUUCUUUUUAAUUGUAUAAAAAACUUUCUGGUUCAUUCUUGUAAUAGCGAUGUUGUGCAUUGCGAAUUUUGCCAUUUAACACUUAACAAAAGUUGUUCGAUUUUUUAACGGUUUUUCAAUUAUGCCGUAAAUACAACAUGUACCGUAUAGAGAAAAUAUGUAUAAACAGUAUUUUUUAUCCUUUUCUUAGAUGCAAGCCCACAGGGUUUAGUGUUCGGCCAUUAAAACAAUAUUUUUUCUAAAUUUGAAUAAAUGCAUUUAAAAUAA